GGAAAUAGGUUGUGUUAGUCUCAGUGGCCACUCCUUCAGAAACCAUGCUCUACGUGUCAUGAAGCAUCAGGUAUUUGAUCUUCUGAAGCGACAGGAAAGAACCUGUUCUGCUCAAGGUUAAAAUGGACCCAAAACAAACCUCCCAUGUGAAAACAAAACCAAACCCUGGGGAAAGACCUUUCAGCAUUGAGCCAAAAACUCAUGUGAGGGACCAAUGGGCCACAAAGAUGGAGUUCAUCCUGGCGGUGGCUGGACAUAUUGUGGGUCUUGGAAACGUUUGGAGAUUUCCCUACCUUUGCUACAAAAAUGGAGGAGGGGUUUUCUUCAUUCCUUAUGUUUUAUUUCUAUUCACCUGUGGCAUCCCACUCUUCUUCCUUGAGACAUCUUUGGGUCAAUUCACCAGCCAGGGUGGAAUAACAUGUUGGAGGAAUAUGUGUCCUCUUUUUGAAGGCCUGGGUUAUGGAAGCCAAGUUGUUGUUUUGUACACCGGGGUGUAUUACAUCGUCAUUCUGGCAUGGACUUUUCUCUACCUGUUUUCGUCCUUCAGAACUGAGCUUCCAUGGGUGAGCUGCAAUAACAGUUGGAAUACAGUCGCUUGUUUUGAACAUGGUCACAAUGACACAUCCUCUUUCCACCUGUACGCCAACACGACAUCUUCAGUCGUUCAGUUUUGGGAGAGGAGAAUAUUGGGGCUGUCCAAUGGAAUUGAUAACAUCGGAAGUGUUCGUUGGGAUCUGGCUCUUUGUCUGCUCCUUGCUUGGGUGUUGUGUUAUUUCUGCAUCUGGAAUGGAGUUAAAUCCACAGGAAAGGUGGUGUAUUUCACAGCUACAUUUCCAUACGUGAUGCUGGCAGUGUUGCUUGUCCGUGGACUGACAUUACCAGGAGCAAAAGACGGCAUUCUUUUCUACCUCUACCCUGACCCGUCCCGCCUCGCUGACCCAGAGGUAUGGAUGGAUGCAGGCAGCCAAAUUUUCUACUCCUAUGGGGUUUGCACAGGUGUUCUGACAUCUUUGGGAAGUUACAACAAAUACAACAACAACUGUUACAGGGAUUGUAUUUACCUAUGCCUGCUGAACAGUUUAACCAGCUUUGUAGCCGGCUUUGCCAUUUUCUCUGUGCUCGGUUUUAUGGCAAAAGAGCAGAAUGUGGAAAUUUCCAUGGUGGCUGAAUCAGGCCCAGGCUUGGCAUUCAUUGCUUAUCCUCGUGCUGUGGCUUUAAUGCCUCUGCCUCAGCUUUGGGCAAUAUUUUUCUUUUUUAUGAUCAUCUUCUUGGGAUUAGAUAGUCAGUUUGUAUAUCAGGAGUCCUUGGUUACAACCAUCUCCGACAUGUAUCCCUCCUUCUUUCAAAAAACCCUUCUACGUAGAUUGCUUCUUCUCACAAUUUGUGCUGGAGGUUUCCUGGUUGGUCUUGUGAUGGUAACGGAGGGAGGCCUUUAUGUUUUCCAGCUGUUUGACUACUAUGCUUGCAGCGGGAUGACACUUCUAUUUUUUGCUCUUCUUCAGUCUAUCUGUAUUGGAUGGGUUUAUGGUGCAGAUCGUCACUAUGAUAAUGUGAAAGACAUGAUUGGUUAUCGUCCCUGGCCUUUCAUGAAAUACUGCUGGAGGUACAUCACACCAGCUAUCUGUACCUUCACGUUUCUGUUCUCUGUGAUCAAACAUAAACCUUUGAAAUUCAACAACACGUAUGAAUAUCCAUGGUGGGGAUACGCCUUGGGACUAUUCUUCACUCUCUCUUCGACAUUGCUUGUUCCGCUGUGGAUGCUGUAUGCUGUGAGCAUCACUCCAGGAACACUAAAACAGAGGCUAAAACAUCUCUGCACUCCAGCAAAGAAUGUACCAGCUGGCACAAUAAAGAAAGCAUCAAACCCUGAAGCAUUUCAGUCAUUCACAGACUUGUCCACACUGCGUCCAGCCAAUCAUCCACAGGAAACAGAAAACACAGUUCUGAGGUCAUCCGUUGUUUAAUCAACCAUGUCUGUCUGUUUGUCUGUCUAGUGAAAAUUAUAUAGAUUCUUGGCAGAUUUAGAUUUAAAAGAGUAUCAGUUUUGAAUAAUAGUAAUUUAUCACUCUUUAUUUCUGUUUGAUUAAAAGGUGGCAUGUUAAAAAUAUAUAUAUUUUUUAAUAAUCAGCAGAAAUUUUCUGGCAUUACUGUGCCUAUUCUUACAUUGCUCAUCAGUUAUAAGCAUGCUGGUGAUGAGCUUCAAGUAUAUUACUUAGGAAUGCCUCCUUGUGAACAUCCUAAUCCGUGGCUGUCCAACUCUACUCCUUGAGUGCUAAAAAGUUACAUUUGAAUUGAAAAAUUAGGUAAUUAGCAUGAACCCAGUAGAACUUGAUGGGAUGGUGAGGAGAUAAAUUGGACUUGGAACAAAUUUAAAAGUUGUAGGACUUUGGCUCUAGAAGAGUGGAGUUCGUCACCUCUGGUGGGAUCUUUAGCUAUCUCCACAGAUUCUCCAUCAAAUUCUAGCUGGGCUGCUCCAAAACCUACGGUCAGAACAAAUAUAUUGAUAAAAUGCGAAUUUUUGUUUAAAUCUAAAUCUGCCAAAUAUAAGAAUCAUUUGGGACUAGAUCUAUUUACAAAUCCGAAGAUGAAAUGUGACAUUAUGGUUUUUGCUGUAAUAAUAGUUAAGUUUCAGUUCCUUGUAAACAAGUGGAUCAAAGGUUAAAACUAAUCCUACCUUAUAGAAAGAUAGCAAACCCCUGGAGCUACAUAGUCUUUUUGAAAUACUCAUUAGUCAAUGGGUCUGAAAGUUGAAAUUGAGAAAAUAUUUCAAGGCAAGGGAUAGCAAAAUAAAAAUAUCUUUUUUAUAAGAGUUAAUAGCAUGUGUAAAGGUUUACUGGAGCAUGCUUAAAUGAAAAUGUCAAAACUAUGUUAAAAAGAAUAACUUUAUUAAAGAAUAGCACUGUAUUCUGUUAGGAUACAGAGGUUUUAUGAAGUGCUUCAAGAAUUACUCUGACUCCCUGUAAGGUUGAUGUGUCAGGAAAGAAAAAUUAAAAAUAUAUAUCAAUUUUAAGAAAAUAAAAUCAACUUAAAGUAUUCUUUUUUAAUUUCAUUUCAAAUAUAUAUUAUGAAGCAAUGAAAUACUUUUCCAAGUCAUACUUAAAUAUAAAAGGACAAAUGUUCAACCCAGGUUAAAUAUCCUUCCAGCACUUUACUAAAUACCAUAAGCUUGCUGCAGCAAACCAGCUCUCCACUGACACUUGAAACUGUGAAAAAACUGGCCUGUAGUCUAUUCACAGCUUUAGUCACAGACAGAUUAGAGGGUAACGUGAAACAAAACUGUUCAGCCAACUUACACUGUCAUGUCAUGUUGCACCAGGUGCAGCUGGUGCAACAUGAAACCUUUCAAGGAGAUCCAGACUGAGAACCAGUUACUAAAACAACACGUUCAGUCCAGAUACUAAAUACUGUGGCUAUGAAAUUAUGCCACAGCAUUGACAUAAUUUCAAUACUGUGGUUACCUACACAGCACACUACCUUUAUCUGUAUUCAAUUCAUUCCACUGCCAAUGUGGUAAAAAACCAACACAGUUAUUAAUUCAGAAGAAAAAGAAAUACAUUACAUGCAAAUAUAUAUAGAUUUUUUACAAAGUUAUUUGAUGAGUUUUUUGUGUGAGAUACUGAGGGGGAAAUUGAGCUAAAAGGACUAACUGUAGUAUACCUUUUUGGGUGGUUACUCCUUUUUAAGUUGUUGUUCUUGGUCACCAUACCAUAAAAAGAUACUUCUCUUAAGCAUAGUAGAGCUUUGCUUACGAAAUCAUAUAACUUAUUUUGAAUAAAAUCUGAAACACAGAAAUCCAGAGAUGUGUCCGUUCAAAUGAAAUUAAGCAAAACUGCCCUAUUUAAUGCUUAAUAGUUCUUUAAUUACAAACUACUGCUCAGCUCAAUCGGGCUGUUUCUUCUUUCCAUAAUUGAGCUACAUAAUGACUCAUUCCUCAUUUCAUUGUUUUAAGUUUGUUUUCAGAUUGCUUCUCUUUCAUUUUUGUAACUGCAAACUUUUGGUUUCAAGUGAACAUUUCAAAAACCUUUUUUUAUACCUUGCUUGUCUCAUUUUCUUAUCCUAAACUUCAAAACUGUCUAUGAGGGUAUCAUAUUUAAUUUCAUUUCAGAAUAUAUUAUGUUGGGUUUGAAUGGAGAAUUAAAAAACUUUUUUGGUUAAAGGUUGGACAUAAAUUAUAUUUUAAUAAAUCCAUCAUGCUAUAUAAUUACAUGGUGCCUUCUUUGUCUCUAAACCUGAAUGAAUCAGUCUUGCCAGAUACCCGAAUGUACCAGAUUAAUAUGUUCAAACAAUUACACGCAAUCUAAUAACACGAGAAUGUAUUGUUUUGAAAGGCUUUGUUGGUCCAGAGAUGGAUGAGUUUUGGGGGUAAAUGUACGUAUCAAAGAUAGAACAAAAGCAAAAGACAUGAAGAUGCUGGAUGAAGCUGCUGA